AUGGCUCCCAUCGGAAAGAUUUACACGUACCCGGACAACCCCAGGGUCCAGAAGGUCCAGGCAGUGGCCAGACUCAACGGGCUCCAGGUGGACGAGGUUCCGGACUUCAAGAUGGGCACGACCAACAAGACGGCCGAGUUCCUGGCCAAGUUCCCGACGGGCAAGGUGCCGGCGUUCGAGGGCGCCGACGGCGUCAACCUGCUCGAGUCGGACGCCAUCAUGCAGUACGUGGCCGAGUCGGGCCCCAAGGCGGCGCAGCUGGUGGGCAGCACGCCGGCCGAGAAGGCGCGGGUGCAGCAGUGGGUGUGCUUCCAGGUCGGCGAGGUGUGGCCCGAGGUCCUGAAGCUGCUCUACCCGCGCUUCGGCAUCGCCAAGUACGACGAUGCGGUCGAGCAGCCGGCGCUGGAGAAGCUGGGCAAGGGCCUCGCGGCGGUGGAGCGGGCGUUGGAGGGCGGCAGGAAGUGGCUGGCGACGGACGCGCUCAGCAUGGCCGACCUGGCCGUCAUGUCGAGCUUCGUGUGGGCGUUCAAGUUCGGCGUCGACGAGGAGCAGCGCAAGAAGUACCCCAAGGCCAUGGAGUGGUUCUUCCGCACGCUGCACUCGGAGGGCGUCAAGGAGGCCUUCCCCAAGGCCGAGCAGGAGAUGUGCACCGUCAGGCAGAUUCCGCAGUAG